AGUACGCCUUAACAAGGAUAUUGCGUGCUUGUGCUGAACAACCAAGAACAACCUUUGUGACAAUGUCUGCAUCUGUUGACUAAAAUUUGAAACCUAAUAAGCUUUUAACAAGGUCAACAGUUUUCAUCAACUCGCAGUCGACAAAAAUAAUUAAGAAUCAGUACGUCGUCUGAGAAUUGGUGCAAUCAAUCUCUCUUUAUUUUAGAUAAAAGUGCUAGUGUUUGCGAAAAUGAUCUGUACUUUGUUUUUCGCAAUCACAACGUUACAUGAACAUGGAUGACCUAAAAUACGAAUACGUAAAGAAAAAAAGGUGCUUUAAAUUGUCUUCAAAAGUGCUUGUUAAAAAAUAUGAUGCAGAUCGGUACAUCAAUUGUGGACAAUCAAACAUAAUAGUACAAUUGUUUAAUAGCUAGUAAGUGCCUCGGCAUCAAAAGUGAAAAUGUGAUGUGUCAAACCGAUUGUUUACUUCACGACGGACAGGUGACGGUGAGCGGAUUGUAGAAGUGGUACGUGAGGGCUGCGGGAGGCGGGCGGUAUGUCGGGCCGUUCAAGUCCUGUAAACGGCGGCUAUGAUGCUGCUGAGCCCGCUAUGAGGCUCUCUGUCCGCAAGGACCUGUUUCCCGAUGUUUGUCAAUCCGCGGGUUCUGACUCUGACUCAGAGACAGCGCAAGACGAGUUUGAAAGUGUUUCUUGUGUUAAACUUGAAACAGAUUUUGAGCAAAGCAUUGAUGACAUUGCUCAUGAAAAGAUGCAGGUAGUCAAUGGAGCGCUGUCGACCCCGACACGACCUCGCCACAGGAAACAUAAACAACACUCCAAACGCCAUUCGGACCAUUUUACUCUUAACGGUUGUCUACCUAAAGAACGAAAAAAGAAAAAAAAUUCUCAUAAUUCUCCUAAAAGGACGCACACUUCAAAUAGUUUAGUGUCUGUGGUGAAAGGUGGUAAAAACUUAAACUUAGUUAGUAGUAGUGAGUGCCAGGAAGAUGAAGAAGUUGAGGAAGAAGAAGAGGAAGAAGGUGAAAGUUCAGACGAUGAAGUGCUAAAGCGUAUUGUGAAGUUACCAUUAAUUAAUUUGCCACGACAGAGUGGUAAACCUUACAGUCAUGAACUUAGUCAAUUAUCAACAAAAAAGAGUAAGUCCAAGGAAUCGUCAAAAGAACAAAGGACUCAUAUAGUGAUACCUUGUAGUGGUAAACCUCGUUCUAUGUUGGGGCUGUGCAGUUCCCGUAGCAAAAAGAAAUCUAAGAAGUCUGAUUGUACUCCCACAUAUCAAAGUCAGAUAGUGGACACAAAAACUAAAAUAAAGAUUAAGAUUAGAAGGACAAGCAUACAAGAAAUGCAGGUAGCUCCAACACCAACUUCCAUAGCAGAUAUAGGUCAAAGAAAGUCGAAGAAGAAACGAGCGGCAUCACCAGUUUUAAGUUGCAGCUCUGGUGAGGAAUAUGAUCCUACUAGAGACAACUCGGCUGCUAUGAGCGUGGCUGCGACGAAACCUCGACAACCCCGAUCUAAGGCUAGGAAAGCAAACAAUAACUCCAAAUCUAAAGAUAAAGCUCAAAAGACUGAAAGAACUAGGGGUAGCACAGCAGGUAGUAAGGAAAAUGGACCACAAAGUCCAUGGGGUCUUUCCAUACCUCAAGAGAUUUUAAUUAAAAUAUUUGAAUAUGUUGUACAGCAAGGGACUUUACCUGCCAUCGUUAGAUUGAGUAGAGUUUGUCAAUUAUGGCACAAUGUCAGUUGUAGGCCAGAGCUGUGGAAGAAUGUAGACCUUGCACAGUAUACUGUUGAAAAAUGUAAAACGGACUAUAAACUGGUCUGGCUUCUUGAAAAUCGUUUGAGACAUUGUCAGACUUUAAAUAUUGCUCAAUGGAAGGUGUGCAAUGUGUCGUGGGUGCUAGCGUGCGUGGUGGACUACUGCCCCGACCUGGUGGAGCUGAGCGUGGCGGGCUGGAGCCGCAUCACGCCGGACCAGCUGUUCGACCUCGUGCAGGGCCUGCCCCGCCUGCAGCGGCUCGACCUCUCCCUCACGUCUGAAACCGGCGGUUCAAGCACUUGUUUGUCGGCGGCAUCGAUGGCUCGCAUCGCAUCAAACUUUGGCAACCGCCUCACGCAUCUCACCCUCGCCAACAACAAGUUCUCUGCACUACCACAAAUACUUUCUUCAGUUGCCGCCCAUUGUCCAAAUCUAGAAGUACUAGAUAUAUCAGGCGCCCUAGCGACGUCACACCCGGCACCCAUUCCACUUGAGGCGUUGCAAAAAGGUUGCCCCAAAAUGAGAGUAUUCAGAGCUGCCAACGCUCAAUUGGUACUCGCCUCAGCGACAACUUCUCAACAGCUGGAGGCGGGGUGGGAACAGCUGGAGGAGGUGUCGAUCGCCUGCAGCGCACAGGAGGAGCGCGAGGCCAUGGGCGUGUACCGGCUGGGCGACGAGGCGCUAUUGCGGCUGGUGCGAACCGCCACCCGCCUGCGCCUGCUGGACCUGCGCGGCCUGCAGCGCCUCACCGACUCAGGGCUCGUGCGUGUGCCCGCCUGGGACCUGCAGCACCUCUUCCUCGGAGGUUGUAACGUGUUGCGACAAACCAACGCCUGCCUCGAGCUGAUCUGCGAGAAAUGGUCGCAUAGCCUGAUUGAGUUAGACUUAUCCUGGGCGUCCUCUGCAAAAGUUUUACAUGACGCCGUUUCUGCGCUUGCUGAUUCGCCAAACAGCAAACUAAGAAUACUCAAUCUGUGUGGAUCAUCUGUUUCUUACGAAGCUGUCAGGAAAGUUCUAUUAAAAUGUCCUCAUAUAGAAUCUUUAAAUCUUAGCUCGUGUCGAGCUCUGCCAAGAGGUAUGAAGCGCCUUUAUACCGGUAAAGAGCUGCAGGAUCUUAAAGAUAGUGUAGACCCAGAAAAGGCAAAGCUUAAAGUGGGCAAAACCGAAGAAUCCAAAAAGAAAAAGGCAAAAGUUGCUACUGAUCUUCAAACAGAAGAAGAUAAAGAUAACAUUCCCGUAAGUUCUGGUAGUAAAUCAGAUAUAAAAUCUCCAGAAAUGUCUUCCCAGAGCAUAUUUCAAGAGCCAAAAAGUUUGUUUGACUCGGGCACUAAGAUGGCUGAUAAAAGCAUAACGUCUGAAACCCAACUGAGGUCUUCACCUAGUAAGGUUAUAGAAAAAUUGAAAAAUAAUUUAGAUAAUGUUAUUGAAAGUACACAACUUCCAAAAGGCUCAACUACUCUAAGUCUUGCGAGUCCUCUUGCUCAAUCUAAACCUGACUCUUCUUCUACGCCUAGGUCAGAUUCAAAGACUGACAUGGGCAGUCCACACUUUAGUCCCGUCCAAAAACCUGAUAGUCAAGUACCUAGUAGUCCCGACGUUCAACCGGAAUCCAUUAAAAGUAAUCAUUCAUGGAAUUUAGGUCAGUUUAAGAGUACACCUACACAUAAGUCUGAGGCAAGUCCACUUAACAGGCUGGAGGGCCAGAAAAAAAUUAGACAUUGCAAAGUAAUAGAGCAAUGUAGUCCAACAACUUCUCUAGAAAACAAACCUAGUCCAGAAACCUUAGCAAUAAAACAACAGGAUAUAAAGAAUCCUAACAAUUGGAAUUAUGGUAGCUAUAGUCCAAUGCCCAGACAGGAUAAUCAAUUUUCUUCUCAACGAAGUCCAUAUUCUGCUCAACCGAGUCCUGCUCAGCCGAGUCCUUAUUCUACGCAGCCUAGUCCCUACUCGACUCAACCUAGUCCGUAUUCAUCACAGCCUAGCCCCUAUUCUGCUCAACCGAGUCCAGACACAAGUCAAAUAGUAAAAACUGAUAUGCAAAAACCUGGGACUUGGAACACUGGUAAUUAUAGUCCAAUGACAAAACAUCACGCGCCUUUUUCUCCUCACCCUUCGACCCAUACGAGUCCCGACCCAGGUCUUGGUCUGAAGAGUGACAGUCUUCGAAAUAAUCCUAAUAAAACACCCGGUCAAUAUAGUCCCAUGUCACGACAACAACAUCACAGUCCAUAUUCUCCUAGACCUAGUGUAGAAAAUAGUUAUAACAGUAAAAAGAGCCCUGGCGUUGGCAAAUAUAGCCCUAUGAUGCGACCGGACUGCCAUUUACCCAGUCCUGAGGGGAGCCUUACUUCGCGUCCCCAUUUAAGUGGAAGAACACAAGACAUAUACGGACGUUCGGUGCCUAAAGCCCCCGAAAUCACUCCAAAUAUCCCACCGCCUGAAAUUCCAAACUCAUGGGGUUUUAAUCACAUGAACACUCCGACGUCUGCAAUCGAAUCCUUGGUGUGGGGAGGGCCGUCGUUUAAUACGGAGCCGACGCAGUCUCCCCUGCCGUCGCGCGUCGACACCGUGCCCACAAUGCUGAACACGCCGCCGCCGCAACCUUGGAACGAAUUGGCGUCACCGUUCGAUAGUGCUAUUCGAAGACAUAACGACUUAAGUGACCCCUGGACUUUAGAUCAGUUUAGAGUGGAUCCGCCUAAUCAAGUGCACAAUACAUUCGUGGAGCAAAAUGUAAGUUUUGAAUCGUUAAGUGCUCAUAUAGGACAUCAAUCGCACGUGCUGCAGAAUUACUUAGACGAUGGUUUUACUGAAACUUCACGCGUGGACUGACAAUCUCGCUCGUUU